AUGGAAUAUAAACAGCAGACGAGCCUCGUGACCCCGCGCCUCAUUAUCCAUGGCGGCGCGGGAAACAUCACGCCCGAGAACCUCCCGCCGGAGCGCUACAACGCCUUCCGCGAAGCUUUGUUGACCAUUGUCACCAAAACACACGCCUACAUGACCACGCCCUCCGCCUGCAUCGCGGUAGAGAAACCCACGGCGCAGGUCCUUCCGGGCGCGCUCGACGUAGCCGUGCAUGCGGUCCUGCAGCUCGAGGACAACCCGCUGUUCAACGCUGGCCACGGCGCGGUCUUCACCCGCGAUGGUAUCAACGAGUUGGAGGCAUCUGUCAUGGUGUCACGUGGCCAUGCGAAGCGCGCAGUGGGUGUGGCUGGCCUGCGGAGAGUGCGCCACCCCAUCCUGCUUGCCCGUAAAAUCCUCGAACAUGGAGACGAGGACCUCGGCGUGAACGACAAUCGCGGCGCGGCUCCAGAUGUGCCAUCCGCACAGGGUCACACUCUCCUCUUUGGCGAGACGGCCGAAGUCCUGGCGCGCGACCAUUACGGGCUGGAGAUGGUGGAACCCGAGUAUUUCUUCACGCAGCGGCGAUGGGACGAGCACCUCCGAGGGCUGGAGCGGGAGCGGCAGUCCAACGGGCGGGCCUCGGCGAGCUGGUCCGCCAAGGAGUACGUACCGCAAGGCACCGUUGGUGCUGUAGCGCUCGAUUCGAACGGUGUCAUAUGCGUUGCGACAAGCACAGGUGGUCUCACCAACAAGCUGACUGGGCGCAUCGGAGACACCCCGUCGCCGGGCUCUGGGUUCUGGGCGGAGGAAUGGGUUGAAACUGGUGACCCCACUGGUUCGCAGGGCUUGCAGAAGAUGCUCUCACAACCAGGUCCAGCUGUUCAGCUGAGCCCUUCCCUCCAAGGUCUGAUAGCUGACUGUCUUCCUACCCCACUGCUUCGCAUGCCUUUCCCCAACGAUCAGAGACGCUCAGUCACCACGACACGCUCCUUUGCUGGGUCGGGCACAGGAAACGGCGAUAGCUUUAUGCGUGUUGCCGCGCUUCGGACAGUCGCUGCCAUGGCACGCUUCAAGCCAAUCCCAUCAUCGCACGCUCUCAGCGCUGUCGCAGGCCCGGGAGGAGAGCUUCAGCGCAGUGCACAGGAUAGAUGGGGCCUGAAGGGCGAAGGCGAGGGUGGAAUAAUUGGUAUUGAGUGUGCAAUCGUCACCGAUGACAGGGGUCGCAUUGUGGAAUCGAGAACCGAUGUUGUGCACGACCACAACUGUGGCGGCAUGUUCCGAGCGUGGAUUGAUAUCAAUGGCGAGGCGCACUUCAAGGUUUUUCUGAACGAUGCCGAUAUGGUCUGA